CCUUCCAUUGAUUGGUUUCCUCUCGUUUCACUCUCGGACACUGUGAAAGCGGAAGAUCAAUAUUCCAGGAUUGCACAUGUAACUAUCAGCAGGUGCCGCAGAGGCUUCUGGGAGAAGUACCUGAAAACUCACCCAUAAUGCUCUGCUUGUUAACUGAAUUGCUAUAAUGCAGGAAAACAACAGCUACUUUGAGUUGGAACCCUUCCUGGUACAGCAGGCUCCCCGGGCUGCAUAUUACAUACCAAACUACAUCAGUGCGCGUGAGGAGGAAUAUCUGCUGCGCCAGGUAUAUAACUCUCCCAAGCCAAAGUGGACGCAGCUCUCCGGGAGGAAACUACAGAACUGGGGGGGUCUCCCGCACCCACGGGGGAUGGUUCUGGAGAAUCUGCCUCUCUGGCUGCAGACAUACACAGAAAAGGUUUCCUCACUGGGGGUGUUUGGGGACCACUCUGCUAACCAUGUGCUGGUGAAUGAAUACCGACCUGGGGAGGGGAUCAUGCCACAUGAAGAUGGCCCACUCUACUAUCCCACUGUUACGACCAUUAGCCUGGGAUCCCACAUCCUACUGGACUUUUACUUACCGCUCAGCAAGGAGACAGUGCCAGACCAAGAACAGGUACCAUUGUCCGAGGAGCAGCGCCACAUCUUUUCCCUCCUCUUGGAACCACGGAGCCUCCUCGUGCUGCGUGAGGACCUAUACACAAAUCACUUGCACGGAAUCCGCCCCGUUACCCACGACACGCUAACGGCGACAGUAGUUAACCUGAAUCAGUGUGCGGCACAAGUUGGCGACACAUUACAAAGAGACACACGAGUGUCACUCACCAUCAGAUAUGUGCCCAAAGUGUUGAAGACCUCAUUGCUGCUGGGGAAGAGGAAGUGAGAGUUUCUGUGCACUGUGUUUGCAGUAUGCAGCUUGUGUUUGUGUAGGGCAGAAUAUGACUCUUCUACAACACAAGGGGCAGAGUUGAGUAGUAUGUGCCCUCUUGUGGACUUUGCGUUUGAAGAGGUGUGUUUUGUGAAGGUAGAGAGCAAUAUAUAUACACACGUGGACCAUUUAACGAUAUGACUAUUGUCAUGAUGAAUCAUCUACAUCUUCAAAGGAAGCAGUUUUUGUUUGUUUUUAUUUAACACUUAGCAUGAACUGAUACUAGCCACACUCACUCGGGAGCUGCGAAACAGUUUCUAUGGUUAAUAUCAAGGAGAUUAAGUCUACUGCAAUAAAUAGCAGAACUGUGUGCGGAGUUACAAUAAAAUAAUGGUCAAAGGUUCACAAUAACAGAACAGAUAUAAUAUCUGUAAUAGAGGGAUCAAUAGGUUAAUUGAACAGUUUGGCAGUUUGUCAUGAACCCAAAGGUUUAGAAAUAUUUGUUAUGCUACAUAUCAAAUAAAAUGAGUCCUGUACUGCCGGCCCGCAUUAGCCCACCACACAUGAGAACUACUGCCCUUCUGAGAUUUUACCUGCCUGAAAAAGACAUGAAACACAAUUUUUUUUGUGAUUUAGAUAGAACAUAACAUUUUAAACAACUUUCCCAUAUUCUUCCAUUAUAAAUUUUUGCUUUAUUUUCUUGGUUUCCUUUGUUGAAGGAGCAGCAAUGCAUUACUGGGAGGUAGCUGAACACAUCAGGUGAGCCAAUAAUGAGACAUAUAUUUGCAGCCGCCAAUCACCAGUUAGCUCCCAGUAGUUCAGCACUGUUCCUGAGCCUACCUCGGUAAGCUUUUCAACAAAGGAUGCCAAAAGAACAAAACAAAUUAGAUAAUAUAAGUACAUUAGAAAGUUGUUUAAAUGUGUGUGCUUUAUCUGAAUCAUUAAAGAAAAAAUAAAAGACUUGCCUGUACCCAAGUGUUUUUUUUUUGUAGCCUAAUUUGCAUUAGACACUGGUUCUACUUAUAUCAUACAAUAGUCCUUCCUGGUCAUCAACCUAUUCUCAGCCAUAUUUUUGCUUACUCAGCUGAAUGUUUCCCUCUCAAGACCUAGGAGAUCUGACCACCUACCAAAUCAGAGCUAGUUGUCCCCUCAGUAUCAGACUCCGCUGUCACGCAUGUAGACCAAACUCCUUUGUCCCGCCCUCCGCUGAUAAGACCGCCCUCUGCUGAUAAGACCGCCCUCUGCUGAUAAGACCGCCCUUCGCUGAUAAGGCCGCCCUCCCCUGAUAAGACCGCCCUCUGCUGAUAAGACUAAGCAGUUUGUGAUCUCCAUUUUCCACAGCCAUAAAACCAAUGUUUCAACUAUCAAGGAAAAAACUAUACCCUCCUUUCUGAACAGAAUUAUUUCCUACAUUUGUCAUAUGCUAAUGAGGCAGAGGUUUCACAUUGUAAAUGCUCCUAUCGAUAACAGUCUUGCACAAACCACCCCACGCAGACAGGUUUACUGUCUGAGAACAUUUUCUUUCCCAAGAAUGAUAAAUCUAUAUAAAUAUGCCUACGUGCACCAGCUGUUGGAAGACUGCUUGUCUAGUCAGUGAUGUACAAUUCACUAGUUUUUUAUUAAAGGGAUUUUAGAUAUAUAUAUUUAGCGCUGCGGAAUCUGUUGACGCUCUACAAAUAACCGAUAAUAUUAAUAAUAAUAAUAUAUAUACGUGCAUAGUAUAUAUAAGCCAUAAAACAUUUACAUUCUUAAAGGUAUAAUGUAGUAAGCAGCUGAUAGGAGUUUAUUGUAUUUAAAGAUAUUGCAGAGACACCAUUUCAAAUGGGAUGGGCUUGCUCCCACUGGGGAUUGAUUUCUGCUGUUUUCUGUCUACAUAACAUUUCUAUAAAAAUUAUUUCAGUAUAGGUGGUGGCUUUAACAGGCAAAAACUGCUAUUUUCAAAGUAUAAAAUAAAUGUAGAGGAACUAUUUGUAAACCAUUUAAUCCCAUCACUACUGGGAAUUUCAAAUAAAAACUUGCCUAAAAUGCCGGAGAACGUUUAGCAUUUUUGCUAACGUUCCAUUUUAAUAGAAA